GCCAUGGGCGCGUACAAGUAUCUCGAGGAGCUUUGGCGCAAGAAGCAGUCGGAUGUCAUGCGCUUCCUCGCGCGCCUGAGGACGUGGGAGUUCCGCCAGCUCCCCGCCCUCCACCGUUGCUCGCGGCCGAGCCGCCCGGACAAGGCUCGCAGGUUGGGCUACAAGGCGAAGCAGGGCGUGCUCGUGUACCGGGUCAGGGUUAAGCGCGGGGACCGCAAGAAGCGCGUCGCGAAGGGCAUCGUAUACGGCAAGCCGACGAACCAGGGCGUCAAGCACUGGAAGACGGUGCGCAACCUGCGCAGCAUAGCCGAGGAGCGGGCGGGCCGCAAGCUCUCGAGCCUGCGGGUGCUGAACUCCUACUGGGUCGCACAGGACUCCACGUACAAGUGGUUCGAGGUCGUCAUGGUCGACCCCAUGCACAAGUGCGUGCGCGAUGACCCCCGCCUCAACUGGAUUUGCAAGGCCGUGAUGAAGCACCGCGAGCUGCGCGGCCUGACGGCAGCGGGCCGGAAGGCGCGCGGCCUGCUCAAGAAGGGCAAACGCGCCAGCAAGCUGCGCCCUUCGUACAAGGGCCACUAUAAGAAGACCAACAAGAUGCGCCUGCGGCGAUGGCGCUGA